GGGCGGGGCGGCGGAAUGGGCCGCCGGUUCCGUUGUCAGAACUCCGGACUGAGUUUGGCGCUGUUACUUAGAAUAAAUACCCCACGGCCCAGUUAGCCCCUUGCGUUGUCCACGUGCUCGUAUGUAAAAGCAUGUGCAACGCAACUCCGAGACCCCAUUGCAACCGCACUGUCCCGCUGCCCCAACCCCUCUAAUACAGAAAUUCGCGGCACACCCCGUGUGUCCUAAAACUUUGGUCUUGCCCAUUUCCCCACGGAAACUUUAAAUGUGAAGAUGCAAUGGCUUAGAAGUGUUGGAGGACCCCCAAAAUCGGGCUGUGGAGUUGGAUUCGGGACUAAGAGGUUGGACAAUGUACACACGCCGUUUCUCACUGCACUGUCUCCGCCAGCCGCACACGGUCUUUCGCCGGCAGCUGAAUACGGCGUGAAGCUUACGUUUCCCACGAAACUCACUCUCAUUCCUAGCUCCAUUCAUCCACAAAACUACCCCCCGGCCCUGAGGAGUUUAUUGGGACAAGGGGACAUGCUUAGGAAACAUCACAGGGAAGAACUAGUUGUGAAUUUUUUUUUUUUAGGCUCACCGAAGGAUAUGUUUUUAUUGGUUUUAGAGAGAGAAGAGAGAGAAACAUCGUUUAGCCACCUCCCUUGCUCUACUGGGGAUGAAACCCUCAACCUGAGUGCGGCCGGUGAUCGCUUUCCAAGGCAGCCGAGGGGUAAGAAGGGACGUGGGGGGUGUGCGGGGAGAACAGACGCGGGCUCGGGGCCGGAGACUGAGACGGUCACGGUCUGAGGAAGUUCCUGAGAACUGAGCCCGAAGGGGGUGAGGGGGCUGCUGGGGUGGCGGUCCCAGGAGGCUGCGGUUGGAGUCUGUGCCCUCUCAGCCUCCUGGGAACGCGGGCCCAGCUGCACCUGGCGUGCUAACGAGUCCCCCGGGACCCCUCUUCAGUCUCAGGCGGGCUCGGGGAGAAAGGGCACUGGCAGGAGGGGGCAGGGUUGACUCCUGGGGCUUACGGUCUCCUUUCACUCCCAGUAUCUGAGGCUCCCAGGCCCUGGCUGCUCCUGCCUCUUCUCCUUCACAGUGUCCCAGUGUGGCCAGGAGGGCCCUGGUGGUGGCCUGGACCUUGUGUACCAACGCUUAGGCAGGUAAGAGAGGGUUUGUGGGAAGUCAGGACGGGGAUGUCCAGAGCUGCUUUAAAAGUUCUCCACCCUCCCGGUAUGUUUUCCACCACCUCUUUCCAGACCUGGGCCUAACCGCCUGCACUGCCUGGGGCCACUCAGGGAGCGCCUCAGUAUUUGGGCAGCCAUGGAUUCUCUCCCAGCCCCAUCUUCAGGUCAGGGACACAACCUGACCGAAGAUUCCAGAGAUCCUGAGAAUUGGCACAUCGGGGAUUAUUCUAGAGAUGCAGUUUCACAGCCACAGAUGGUACCAGAGGAGGUGCCAGAUCCACGGGCCAGCAGCCAAAGACGGUCACUCCCCGGAUCCUCCAGGGAACACACGGCACAGUGGGAAGUGAGGAACCAGACCUGUCUUCCAAACAGAGAGCCUGACCAGGCACUGCCUUCUGCUAGCCAGAAACAUCUGAACAAGAAGCGUCCAGCACCUGCAGCCACUACAAAACUGAAGGAAAAGAGGCUCAGAACUCUAGCCCCAAGUCCCCUACAAGGACUGCCCAGUCAGGACCUACGAGAGGGAGAAGAUUGGGAGCAAGAAAAUAAACAUGAAGACAUGGGCCCCAGACUGGAGCACAGUCCCUCAGUUCAAGCAGACUCUGAAUCCCCAAGCCCUGAAGAGGUACCAGAUUACGUCCUGCAAUAUGGGGCCAUCCACACUGCAGAGCAGCAACAUGCUUAUGAGCAGGACUUUGAGAGAGAUUAUGCUGAAUACCGCGUCCUGCAUGCUCGAUUUGGGGCUGCAAGCCAAAGGUUCAUAGAGCUGGGAGCAGAGAUCAAGAGAGUUCAGCGAGGAACUCCAGAACACAAGCGGUACCCAGGUUACAGGGAAGAAAAGUGUCGCUGUGAGUACCUGCAUCAGAAAUUGUCCCACAUUAAAGGUCUCAUCCUGGAGUUUGAGGAAAAGAACAGGGGCAGCUGAACUAACUGGUCAAGGGCUAUCGACCCUCUCUGUCCGGUGUGAUGCAAAGGAACAAAACAGCUGUAAAUGAAGUAGAGUGCAACUGUCCGCUCUUGUUAUUGCUGAAUCCAUGGUGGCAAGUAGGAGAGCUGCUCUAGGUUAAGGUUUGAUUUUCAUUGUUGCCAUAUAUUAAUUUUUAGGGUGUGGGCGCAGUGCCAACACUCUAUAGCUGUGCCCAGGAGACUAAGAAAAGUAGCCACGGCUUGGCUUCUCCACCUUUAGUUCAGCAAGUCAUUUUCAAAUCUUAAGAAAGAAAUGACACCCUUCCCAGGACAAGAUACCUCAAGGACAUUAGAAUUCAGCCUGGUAGCCUCCCUAACAAAACAGUAACUUUUAGGAAGUUGUGAUACACCUGGAUGUAAUGGGAAUGGCUUGGGGUCUUAUCAAUGUACCGAAAGUGAAUUCUUUUACAAACAUGGCUAAAAAUUAAAACUGUCUCUGUGUC